ACCCCUGAUCUGCGACCCUGAAUACCACCUCCUUAUCCCACUUCGAGUCGCCCUUUAAACUUCUCGCUGCCCCGUCUGAUCCGGAUGCGAUCCCGUUGAACACAGUCGCCGCUUGCAUCCCGCAGCAACAUCCAUCCGCGCCGCGCGGCGAUUGCUUCUCCGAAUACCACCGCCCAUCACUGAAUGCGCACCAUUGAAUCAACAGAUUGAUAGCUCAGUUGGCAAUAAGCAACAUCGCCACACCUUACAUCCUCACGAACCUCUCGAGACCAUGGCAUCUACAGCUGCCUCCCCCAACGGCGGGGCUCACGACCAUGUCUUGCGGCCGAGGCCGAGGAAGCCACAACAUUCCCAGUUGGCGAGGACACAGAGCAAUACCUCUGUCGGCGAGAUGAAUGGCCUGACACCUCUAUCAGAGACUGGCCAGACGAGCGGCACUACCAGUGGCCGCUCGACACCAGUCCCUCACGAUGCCCUCCCCUCCGUCAAGAGCAUGUCCUCCGCGAAAAAGCAAGCUCGCGCUGAACAACGACGCCGUAUUUUCCCCACGAUCGAGUUCGCGAGCCGCGUUUCUCACUUCGAUCCCAACUCCGACUACCGGGACUUCCAUGGCUUCUUCAACCUCUUUUGGAUCGGCCUCGCCAUCAUGGCCAUCACCUCCAUGCUGCGUAAUAUCAAGGAUACCGGAUACCCCAUGCGAGUCCAGAUCUGGACUCUCUUUACAAUCAAGAUUUGGCAUUUGGCCAUUGCAGACUUUCUCAUGGUGGCGAGCACGUUGGUGUCACUACCCCUCCACCGGCUGUGGCGCUCUGCCCCCGCCAACGGAGCUCUCACAUGGAAGAACGGAGGCAUGGCUGUUCAAAGUAUCUACCAAGUGUUAUGGCUUGCCUUUUGGAUUGCCAUUCCCUUUGUGCUCGACUGGACGUGGACCGCGCAGGUCUUCCUGUUGCUGCACACCAUGGUCCUGCUCAUGAAGACACACAGCUGGGCCUUUUACAACGGCCACCUCAGCGAAACGGAGAAACGCCUUUACGCCCUUGACAACCCCUCGACCGCCUCAAAGGACCCAGUCUAUCUAUACCCAACACCCGAUAACCCAAUGGGAACUGUGAGCAGCCCCAAGACCCGCGACUUCAAGGCCAAGUCAGAGGCCACGGGCACGUCAGACACAGAUUCGACCUCGGACGAGAUCGAGCAGCUCCGCGAGGACCUGGCCCAGGAGCUUACCUCUCCCAUGGGAAACCUCGCAUACCCUCGCAACCUGACGUGGUCAAACUACUUUGACUACCUCCUAUGCCCCACGCUGUGCUACGAGCUCGAAUAUCCCCGGACAGCCCGCAUCGACUGGCAGAACCUCAUCUCCAAGAUCGUUGCCGUCUUCGGCUGCAUCUCCCUCCUGACCGUCAUCUCCGAGGAGUUUAUCUUGCCCAUCCUCAGCGAUGCCUCCAUCCGUCUGAACACCGUCCCGCCUCCCCCAGUCUCCGAGGCUCUCCUGAUUUUAGCAGAGAGCAUUUCCUGGCUGCUCUUCCCCUUCAUGCUCACCUUCUUGUUGGUCUUCCUCGUUAUCUUCGAGUACGCUCUCGGCGCCUUCGCCGAGAUCACGCACUUUGCCGAUCGCCACUUUUACUCUGACUGGUGGAAUUCAACCGACUGGAUGGAGUUCUCCCGCGAGUGGAACAUCCCCGUCUAUAGCUUCCUGCGCCGCCAUGUGUAUAGCGCCAGUCGUCCAUAUGUCGGCCGCCUCCCGGCCACCGUCAUCACCUUUUUGAUCUCUGCCAUGGGGCAUGAAAUUGUCAUGGCAUGCAUCACGAAGAAGCUUCGCGGCUACGGCUUCAUUUGCCAAAUGCUGCAGCUGCCUAUCGUGGUUUUGCAACGCACGAAGUGGGUGCGAGGCAAGGAGACGCUGAACAAUGUGUGCUUUUGGUGUUCCAUGGUUAUGGGGCUGAGCAUGAUUUGUGCUCUCUACGUCUUGGUCUAAGGCACUUGGGCCGUCGCGAUCCGCACCACGGGUUUUUAUUUUCGAGUCACGUAUGACCACCUCAUCUCCCAUAUGUCGCAUUGCCGAAGAGAUGGAUUGGAUGAGUCUGACUGAAGCUCACUGUAUUAUUAUCAAAGCACAUCUGUAUCAUUAUCCCGCAUCACCCGCGGGGCGGCGUUCCCCAAGACAGACAGACACAAUUAUUUUCCUGGCGUUUUUCUAGAUAGGUCUUAUACCCCCUUAUUUACAUGCCCAACGGGCAAAGAUUACAUUAUGUUCCGGACUGCCAAUAUGGCAGUCAAGCCUCA